AUGCAGGUCUUGACUUAGAUAAUUAGAAUGCAAGGCUUGUGCACUAUGUAUCAUUUGAUGAGCAAAAUAAAUAAAUUAAGCAUGUAAUAAAAAUUACAACAUUAUCACAAUCAAUUUAAGAAGAAUUUAUAGUGGACAAUUAAAAUUAUGAAGGACUUUGGGUAGCUCAAUACUUGUACUUUAAAGGGCAUUAAAUAAUAGAAUGGAUUUCAAUAAAAAUAAAUUUCUUCUGAUUAUUUUACACAGAAUUAGUUUCUUUUAAUUCAAGGUGGUAGUUUGAAGAUCUUCGAUACAAUUCUAAGUUAAACUCUUCUCUUAAGUAGUUUUCCAGGAAGCUUGACUUUUUUUUUAUAAGAAGAUCUGUCAAUUUUAGAAGAUAUCAAUUUUAUCGAGAAAUGUUUCCCACAAUAAAAUGAUUAAUUAUCGGAUUAUUUUUCUAAUGAAGAGGGUAAAUACACCGAAUUUUAAACUGAAAAUGAGUAUGUGAAUUCAUUCUUUUUAUAAUUUUGGAUGAAAAUAAUACCCUCAAAAUUAUCCUUGAAUCACAUUUUAAGAUUGUCUAUAAAUAAAUCCUCUAAAUUUAUAGGGUAAAUAGGUAGCAAUAGUGUUGUUAUUAAUUAUGAAUAUAUGUUAGAGGAUUUGUUUUAUUAUGUUGAAUAUUAUUCAUAUGAAUUUCCAAUCGCAAAUCCAUCUUAAUAGAAUCCUUACAAAAAAUUUGUUUAGGAUUCAAUUUCAAUUGAAUUUAUAACUAAUUGGCAUUUAAUUUAAGUGAAAUACCUUGACAAAUAAUUAAUGGUUUAAUUGGAGAGUUUCAUAUUAAAAGUGUAAAAAAUAAAGAUCUUUGAUGAUGUAAAUUAAUUUACAAAUACGAAAAUGAAGAUUUAUUUUGGAGGAAAUUAAUAUGAAAUAAGUAACAACAAAAUAGAAAUUGCAUCUGUCAUAUAUGAAAAUUGUUUAGACAAAAAUCAAUAAAUAUAAUAUUGUCACUAUAGUUGUAAAACAUGUUUUGGACCAUUUAGAUCUUAAUGUUUGAGUUGUUCCGAUUAUUAGAAUAGGAUAUAUGAUCCUAUUAAGAAGAGCUGCAAUUGCUAACUAUGGUAUUAUGAAAAUUAGGCUGAUCAUACUUGUAUUGGAUAAGAAUAGAAAUAAUACAUAGAAACAAUAGAAUAUCUUAAGAAUGAUCCUAGAUAUGAUGAAAAUGAGUAAUUCAGAACAUGUGCUUUUGGGUAUUUUUUAUACAAAGAUGAGUGUAUUUAAUGUCCAGCGGCCUCAUAAAAAAAUAUAAUUUUCUGCAUUAAUUGCUUGAUGGAUCCUGAUAAUUGGAUCUAUUCUGGUUUUUGUUUCUCUUAAUAUCUUGAGCAACCAGGAAUUGAAAAUGCUGUGUAUGAAGAAUUUAGGUCGACUAAAUUUGAUCCAUAGAAAUUAUUUAUUUUAAUAGAUAAUGAAUUAUCGUCAUGUGGAUUUUGUAGUAGUUGCACAUUAAAUGAAUAUAAUAAUGAUAGGUGUUUUUUAUAUCCUUUUAAACAUUUAGAUCAACCUUAUUACAUUUAAUGUAGUUUUGGAUAUGAUGAAGAAACUUAUCAAUGCAAGUUUGAUUCGGAUCCGUAUUUUUUCAAAGUGUGCGCUGAAAAUUGUGGAGCAUGUGAUUUUUUUGGUGAAUGCAAUUAUUGUAUAAAUCCAACUGAAUAUUUCUUUACUUGGGAAAGAAAAUGUAGACAAUGCAAAGUUAAAAAUUGCAAAUAUUGUUUCUAAUAUAACCGAUAUGAUCAUAGCUAGGUUUCAGUAAAUUCAGAUAUAGCUCAGGUUUUAAUUUCAAAAAAUGAAGAAGAUUACAUUAUGGCAUGUGCUCUCUGUAAUUAAGGUUAUGUAUUCAACUUUUAGAUAAAUGAAUGCGUUUUAUAAUAAAUAACUUAUCCUUGCAUUAAUGGUUAUAUAAAUGAGAAUUCGCAAUUCCUUUGCACUAAUACUUAAGGAAUCUUCAAUUAACUAGAAAACAACCUAGUUUCAGAAUUUCAUGAUUGCUUGAAAUAUUUUCUUAAUUGCAUGUCUUGUAUUUAGGAUAGUUUUAGGAUGAUGUAUUGUAUCUCUUGCAUAGAUGGAUAUUAUUUAGAUUAUCACAAUGGUCUUUGUAUAUCUUGCGAAGGUUAAUUCCCAAAUUCAAGUAAAUGCGGGAUUGAAACUUCAACCUACGAUUCUUGGAAAUAUGAGUUAGUAAGCUUCUUCUUGAAUUUUAUACCUAAUAGUACUCCUCUAUAGGUGAUAGGAUUAUAUUAUAGGACAGAUUAUUAACUUUUAGAAUGCAAAAAAGAUUAUACUAUUUAUUCAAGAACUUGUAUUCCAAAGUUGGAGACUAAAUGUCUUGUUUGGAAUCGUAGUGGUGCAUGUUCUAAAUGUUAAAAUUUAGAUCAAGAGAAUGAUGCAUAAUCCUUUUUUGAAAAUAGAUGCUAAAUCUGUCCCUAUCCAUGUAGAUUUUGUCUUCCAAUUUCUGAUUCUAAAAUUAACGAAAUAAAUCCUUAUUUUAUCAUUAAUUCGGAUUCUAAGGCCUAAACUUACCAGUGUUUGCUAAACUUAAAUCAAAAAGAAACCUUUAUUUAUCAAUAUAUUGGGUAAUAAAUGCCAAAAGACACAAACAAUAAAAAAUUAUUACGUACAAUUCAAUAACCUGUAUUUCCAAAUUCCCCUGUAUCGAAUGCUUAAGGCUAUAUUGAUUUAGAAUAUUUAAAAAGACGAAAAGUAACCACUUAUAUUGACAAUUAUAAUGCCUUUAGAAAAGAGGACCCUGUAAACUUAAGAUCAGUCCUUUUUUUUCUUUUGAAUUCUACUGUUUUAUAUGAUGGAUAUAAUGAUACCUUUCAUGAAAAAUAGAUUUCCAUCUUUAAUUAAACUACUGUUAGUUUAUAAAAUGUGAGAUUUUUCUCAUCUAAAAACCACAUUAUCAUUUCUUCUCUAUUAGGUGUUAAUAUUUACAUACAUAACAUUACUUUACAUAAUUAAGUAAGAAAUAGCCCAAUUUUAACAAUCAAAAAUUUUACGCACAUAAUAAUCUCAAAAUUAGAAGUAUAUGAUUUGACUUUAUCUGAUGCUUCUCUCAUUAAUUUAAACAAAGAUGACAAUUUAACUAAAUUUUAUCCUUUCGUAAUUCAAGAAAUUGUUUUGAAAAACUGUGUUUUUAAAAAUAGUUCUUUUAUUUAUCUUUCUUCAAAGUUUUAAUCUAUUGGUUAAUUUAUAAUCAAUAAUAUAAUUAUAGAUAAUUGUUCCUUUGAGAAUUUUGAAUUAAUAAAACUGGAAGGUCAAUUCAUAGUUGUUCAAAAGUUUGUAUUAGAAAAUAUCAAAAUUAUGAAUUCUAGUUUAACCAAUAGUUUAUUUUUGGUUAUUCAAAAUACAAAUUUUAGCUUGCUAAGUGGAAUCAUUUUACAAGAUUGCAAAUUGAGUAAAACUACAUUGAUAUCACUCAAUCCUUAUAGCAUAUUAAAGAAAAUAUCAUUUCUUAAUGCAUAUUUGGAUAAUUCAGUAUUCUUAUUAUAUACUGAAACUAUUAAGCCUGCAUACAUACAUAAAAUUGAUGACAUAUAUAUGGAGAAUAUCUUUAUUUGUGGUAUGAACCUAAUCAAAAUUUCUCAGAGCCUACAUGAAACUUCCUCAAUUGAAAUGAGUAAAAUUACAUUAAGUUAAAUAUAUUUUAAUUGUCCACUUUAAAAUGUAAUGCCAGAAAAAAGUACAAUUUGUAUAUUCGAUUUAUCUAGCAAUAAAAUAGAUCUAUCCCUACUAAGGAAUGAUUAAAUUAAUAAUUAUUGGAUUUUAUGUAUUAACAACUCAAACUUUUUCAAAAUAGAUGAUAUUCUACUAAAUUCAUAUCAAGUAUUUUCAUCUGAUUCGAAUGAAAACACCACAAAAUCAAGUUUAGGUCCCUUAAACUCGGGAUUACUUUAGUUAAAACAAGUGCUAACAGCUACUUUUUCAAAUAUUAUUAUCAGAUCAUAGAGUCUAAUCGAUUCAUCUAUUAUUUACAUCAACUCAAAGAAUGAAUAAUAAAUAAAAACUCAAUCACUUUCGUUUUCAAAUAUUGUAUUUGAAAAUAAUCUGUUGAUUAAGACCUAAAGCUUUUCAUAAACUACUUUACUCUAUCUAGAAUUUGAAGAUAAAUGUAUUAUAUCUAUUUCUGAUAUUACUUUUACUCAGAAUUAUGUAAUACAUCAAAUUUUCGAUUGCUUUACAAUCUCCCCAAGCCUCAUAUGUAUUAUAACCUAAUCUUUGGCUUAAUUAAAAAAUGCCAUUUUUAAAGAAAAUGAAUAUGUGAAUUCUUGUUUCUCAUCAUUAUAUAUUAAAUCAUCAGAGAUUUAAAUGGAAUUUAUUAAGGCAAAAGGUAUAAAUGUAUUUGAUUUUGAUUUAACAAGAUAUCUGUCUUCAAAUAAUAGUUUUAACUCUGGAGGUUUCUCCCAUUUAUAUGGUUCCUAAAUUGCAAUUACUAAUUCAAAUUUUGAAAAUGCAUUGGUUUAAGAAACUGCCUACUUUAAUAUAUAUCUAUAAAAUGAAGGUAAUAUGAUUAUCAAUAAUACUACAAUUAGUGGUAUAAUAGUUUCAACCAAGUUAGAUAAUAAUUAUAAUGAAGCAUUAUUUGUGAUAGACAGUACAAAUUCAAAUCUAAAUAUUGACAUCAAUAAUAUGUAAAUCUCGAAUAUUCUAAGUCGAUAUACAUCUGGCAUCUUUAAAAUUAAUCCCUCCAAAAUUAAAAAUUAACUCAGGUUAAAUAAUAUUUUUGUAGAAAAUGUUUUAUCUAAAUAAUAAUACUUUUUAGAUUUGAUUUGCACAAAUAAUGUUGAUAAUUCAGUUGAGAUUUCUGAUUUUUCUUUGACUUUAGAAAAAAGCUAUUUUAGGAAGUACCAUGAAUUUGUUUAUAUUGAUGAUAAUCCCAAUUAAUUAUCUUAAAUAGAUAUCUAAGGAAUGAUUGUAAUUACUAAUAGCUCAAUAAUAUUUUCAAGGCUGCAUUUUACUGGUUUUGCUCCAAUUACAAUUUUAUGCCUAGAAGAUACCCCUAAAAUUAUGAUCAAUCAUUUAGUUUUUGAAUAAAUAGAAGUGGCAACACAAAAGCUAAAUAUUAUAAUACACGAAUAUUCUGGAAAUUAAUCAAAGAUAAUUAACAUGUACCUUAGUUAGUUAGUAAUAAAAGACACAUAUAAAAAUGCUUAUAUUCAUGUUGAAUCAUUCUUUGAAAUCUAAUAAAGUUUUCCUAAGAAAUUAAUUUUAAGAGAUUUUCUCAUUGCGAAUAAUACAUGCUAGACUUGUCAAAAUGGACUGAUUUGCUUCAAUUAAAUUAAAAAACUUUUUCUUAGUAAUUUGAUAUUUUACUAAAAUCAUUGUGGUUUAUUGUCUUGUUUGAUGCUUAAUCAUGUGAAUCAGAGUACUAUCUUCAAAAAGAGUAGGUUUAUUAAGAAUUCUGGAACUUAGGGAGGAGCCAUCAAUGUAAAAGCUGGUAAAAUAGAGAUGAAAAAUAUUUUGUUUAUGUAAAAUGAUGCUGAAAGUGGUGGAGCUCUAUAUUCAUAAUCUUCUUCUAUGAAAUUAGAGACAUUAAUAUCAGAAUUAUAUCUAAUUUAAAAUACUGCAACUUUUGGAGGAGCUAUUUAUUUAGAAAAUCACAAUUUUAGAGCAGAGGAGUUGUUAAAAGUUUUUUUAUUAGAGAAUAAAGGAAAAAGAUAUGUAGACAAUAUCAAAGAAAACCCAUCCCAACUCAAAUUAUCCAUAUUUAAUUAAGAAUUGGAUACUAAAUCAAUAGCCAAUAUGGGAUAACCUAACUUUGAAAAAUAUAAACUCAACACGAAUAUCAUCUACAUUCCAAGUGGACAAUAAAUUAGUAAUUAUAGUAUUCAGGAUUUAGAAAGGCAAGUUUUCGAAAACUACAAUUUAAAUCCAAAAUUAUAUGCUAUCAAUAACUUAGGAGAAAAAUAAAUCAACUUAUAGGAAUACUAAUGUGUAUUAAAUUAAUUAAAUAAUGAAAGCCAAUUUUAUCCAAAUCAAGAAUAAAUAAUAUCUUUUAAUUUAGAGAGCUAAUCUUUUGAUUUUUCAAAUUUAAUUAUAAGUUUAGAUCCUUAUUUAAAAUCUGAAACCAUUUUUGUUUUUGAUUGUAAUUGCUUUACUGAGUCUUAAUACAAGUUUUAUUUAAGUGUUAAGUCUUUUCCUUGUCAAAUAGGAGAAUUUUAUUAUUUUACCCAAUGUAUGAAAUGUGACGAAUCAAAAGGAUUUUAUUCAGUUGAACUUGGAGCAACUUUUUGUUAAAAAAUGGAUCCUAAUAUCAUUCAAGCAAACACAGCAAGUGAGAUCUUGUUAUAACCAGGUUUUUGGAGGCCUAAUUAUAGAAGCAAGUUUAUCAACAAAUGCACAAGAUAGAAGAAUUUAUGUCUAGGAGGUUGGAAGCCUGGUGAUGAAUCUUGUAGUUUAGGCUAUAUUGGAGCAUUAUGUGAAGAGUGUGAUAUAUACAACAUCAAAGGGGAUGGCCAAUAUUUUAAAAAUAGGAACAACAAAUGCGUUUUUUGCAGUGAAUUUGGAUUAUCUAUAUUCAUAUCACUUUUAUUUGGAUCAUUAACAAUAGGUUCAAUGAUACUUACUGUAAGUAGUGUAAACACCAUUUUUAAAAGCUUUCUGAAAUUUAAAUUAACCUCAAAACAUUAUAAGAUCUUAUUUAAUCAUAGCUUAGACUAAUCUGCUGCCUUAAUUAAAACUGUUGUUAAUUACUUUUAGAUUUUAGUAAGAAUUAAGUCCUUUCAUUUAGAACUUUUUUUUAAUAUUAUUGAUAUACUUACUCCUCUAAGUAAUCCUAUUGGCACAUAAUCCUAUUCUUACGAAUGUACUUUAAGUUAACAAACGGAAUUGCAGAUAAUAUACAUAAGUCUCAUUAUUAACUUGUUAGCGCCUAUCUUUUUCUAUUUUAUAUUUUUAACAAUAUACUUAAUUUUGAUAUAGAAAAAGAUGCUAAAAUUGACACCAACUAUCUAUGCAACUGCCAUAUUUUAUUUAUUUUUUUAUGCUCAACCCAAUAUCAUUCUAGAAUUAGGAGAAUUAAUUACUGCAAGAAAUAUAUCUGAAAUUUCAUACAUAAAUCGAAAUGUCUCAAUACUUUACUUUACAAACACUCACAUUUCUUGGGUCCUAUUUUUUAUUACCCCAAUUUUAUUUAUUAUCGGUAUCAUAAUCCCUCUGAUAUUAUUCCUCAUAUUAUAUAACAAAAGAUACAAUCUUAAUUAAGAAAAAGUCAGGAAAAUAUGGGGAUACAUAUUUAAUGAUUACAAGGAAUCAUCAUUUUAUUGGGAAAUUUUUAGAGUAUCUGAAAGAGAAAUCUUAUUGUUAUCUCUUAUCAUUUUUGAAGAGUAAAUUGAAAUUAAAGUUAUUUUAACCUUUUUGAUAUUAUUUUUAUAUCACAUUAUUGUUUUAAACAAAAAACCAUUUAAUAUGGAAACAUUAAAUCGAUUUGAAUAAAAGUGUAUUACCUUAUCCAGUUUGAUUUUUCUGAUUUGUGGAAUUAAAUAUCAAAUUUAGAUAUUACAAAUACCAUCAAUUGAUUUCAUCUUGCAAACAUUACUACUAAUAGUAUUCAUCAUGUUUUUUUACAUCUUAAUCAAUCAAACAAUUUCAACAUAUUAUCAGAAGUAUACUGAUAGAUUAGAUGGUAUUAGGAAAGGUUUGUUAUAAAGAUUCCCAAAAAUCUUAAAAAUAUGCCCUUUUUUGAGAAAUUAUCUAAAAAUAAGAGGCGAUAUCAAGAUUAAACUAAAGACAAGAGUUAAAUUAAUAAAGGAAGCUUUACACAUGAAUAAAGGAGAAAAUAUAAUGUAAAAUUAACAUCAAAAUCUACUUUCAUAUUCCUUGUAAAAAAGCAUUUAUCCCGAAGAAUAAGCUUUAAAUUUUUAAAAUCUUUAGACAAAUUAAAAAAAUAACGAAAAAGAGAAAUCACAUUUUGUAAAAGAUUUAGUUCCUUUUUAUUGA